UUCCUGCCCAACUUUCUCUGCCUCCUUCCUCCGCCCGCGCGCGCCCACUGCUGCAGUCCGGGGAGGCGGCGGCAGCAGCGGCAGCGGCUGCGGGCAACGCGCGGGGCACGGGGCUCUGGGCUAUAGCCGUCGGGGCCGGGGCGGCUGGCAGUGGGCACAGGCUCCCCGGUGCCCGCCCCUCCGCCGGGAGGGGGGCGCGAGCGGGCGGCCGGGGAGGGGCCGGCACCGCCACGGCAAAAUGAGCCUGCUGUCUGCCAUCGACACGAGCGCCGCCUCGGUGUACCAGCCGGCCCAGCUACUCAACUGGGUCUACCUGUCGCUUCAGGACACACACCAGGCUAGUGCCUUUGAUGCCUUCCGGCCCGAGCCGCCCGCCGGCGCCGCGCCCCCGGAGCUGGCCUUCGGCAAAGGCCGCCCUGAGCAGCUGGGCUCUCCCUUGCACUCCAGCUAUCUUAACAGCGUCUUCCAGCUGCAGCGCGGAGAGGCACUGAGCAGCAGUGUGUACAGGAAUGCUUCUCCCUAUGGCUCUCUCAACAACAUUGCCGAUGGCCUCAGCUCCCUCACCGAGCACUUCUCAGACCUGACGCUCACGUCCGAGGCCCGCAAGCCCAGCAAGCGGCCUCCGCCCAACUACCUGUGCCACCUGUGUUUCAACAAAGGACACUACAUUAAGGACUGCCCUCAGGCACGUCCCAAAGGCGAGGGGCUGACCCCAUACCAAGGCAAGAAGCGCUGCUUUGGGGAAUACAAGUGUCCCAAGUGCAAGAGAAAAUGGAUGAGCGGGAACUCCUGGGCCAACAUGGGGCAGGAGUGCAUCAAGUGCCACAUUAAUGUGUACCCGCACAAGCAGAGACCCCUGGAGAAGCCUGAUGGCCUGGAUGUGUCUGACCAGAGCAAGGAGCACCCACAGCACCUCUGUGAAAAGUGCAAGGUCCUGGGCUACUACUGUCGUCGUGUGCAGUGACCUUGGCUGCCACUGCAGAACCCCUCAGCUACCACCUCCCUGUGCUGCCCAAGGGGCUGAAUGUCCCUAUACCUGAGAAGACCUCACAGGCCUGUGGGCUUACGCAGAGGAGGCUCAUGUCCUUGUCUCAUGUGCUAACUGUGUGGCUGACUUGCUCUGGACAGGGUGCGGAGACAGGAGGUUCAGGGACUCUUCAGCAUAGGCCUGGACUCUGUAGAGGGACAGAGGCCAGCAGAAGUCUUGGUAUUCUCACAGGCUCUCUUCCCAAGUGUCUUUGGGACUGAGUGGCUUUGUAUCUGCCACAAGUACACCAGUGAACUGUGAAUCCUGAGGCCUGUGGGAAGUCUUCCCUCCAAGACCAGCCAGGUCCUAUCCCACCCAGAACCUUGCGGCUUGCCUCCUAUGAAAAGUCACUCUGGGGAAUUCCUGUUUCAUUCCUAAUCUGUAGUCACAGAGGGCAGUUACUUUUUCUAGCAGCUGCUGAGGAGUGGUUGUCUGUUGGGCCCACAGUGAGUCCCAAAUCUGACCACCCCUGACGUCACUGAAUGGUAGCUAAAUACAGCCUCCCCUGCCAAUGGAACUGGCAGGCAGGGGGACAUUAAACAUCCUAGGAAUAUCAGGCAUCACCUCCCAUGACCUCCCCCAGACUGUCCCGUAGGCUUGGGUUCUAUCGGCUGCUCUCUUCUCAUCCUUAGCCUUCCAUCCAUGUCAGGGAUGCACUCCACAAAAGCUGCAAGCCUGCUUCAGCAUGGAGGAUGCAGGUCUUGGCAUUCUGGAGCUACUUUAUGCCACCUGGGACAAGGGCAUCUCAUCUCCAGCCUCAGUUUCCCCACUCAUUAAGUGAGAAAGUGCCACCAGAGGCCCCAGUGAACUUUGGUGUUCUAGAAGAAAGAUGGUUGCCUCCGGAACACAGAGCAUCACUGGGGGGGAUGGGAUGCCCCUAGCCAACCAGGUGUACUGCCUUCUAAACCUCUGCUCCUGGUAGCCACUUAGGCUGAGUGAUGCCGGGUCCUCUCCUGCAACCAUCCUUGUCUGAUGGUUCCAAUCCCCUGAGAAGAUGGAAGAUGAUCCCCUUCCCGGCUCUCCUCAGCCCCUCACACUGGGCAAGUCUAAAAUGAGCCACAGAAUCUCUCCUUUGGAAACUGGGGAUAGUGAUUCCCUACUUUUCCAGGAAGGCAGAGAAACCUCCUGGCAUGUCACAUGGCCCGGGAGGACCGCUGUCCUGGCCAGGGUCAGCAGUGCUCCCCUCUCCCUGUGACAAGCCACAUUUCUCUCGUCUUUCUCCUCUUCACCAGCUGCCACGACUGAGUAGCUUGACUUUGCCCCAACACUAUGCCAUUAUGGAGAAGAAGAAAAAAAAAGUCAGACCAUGAAAUAGGCCUGAAAUUCAGUGUUUACACAUGGUGCCCAGUUGCCCUUUGUUUUCAAAUGAAGAUGCUUUGUAUGACUGAGGAGUCACAGUGAAGUGUUAGCCUAGGGUCCAGGGAGUGAGUGGAAGGGAUGGGCAGGCGUGUCUGCAGCCAGAUAGCUGCAGGAUAGAUUUUGGGAGAACAUACCCUCUGAACAUUUAACAAAGGUAUAUCUGUGGCAGUCCAGGGCACUAGCUGCCACCCUGCUGCCUAGGAGUGGCAUACUGGGCUGCAGACUGUGAGCACCCAGCACCAAAGACUCUCUUUGCUGCCACACUAGGGCCGCCCCAUGCCAAGCUUCCGGUCGCGUAGGAAAGGGGUGUUUCUGCCAGUCAUCCCACUGGGCCCCUAAAGAGAGUGUUUACAGCAGUGGGCAUUGUGCUGUGUCCCAAAUGAGGACACAUUAGGCAUGGCUGAGCUGGGGCGAAGAUUCAAAGAGCCCAGCAACAGAGGAAGUGGGGGUAGGCAGAAGGUGGGACAGGUGACCAUUUUGGUCACUGUACUGGUGCACAUCCAGGCCCUCUUGACUCAGGCAGCUCCUCUCUAGUCUUGCCUUGCAAUAAUUUGGCUGAACUUGUGAUCUUUUUGAGGCAAGCAAAAGAUACCACUAUCUAGGCUGGGUGCUGGGAGACUUAAUGCUCAGAGGGCCUGGGAGCCCAGGAGACGAGAAAGUGUGUGGUUUUACUACAUUCAAAAGGGACAAUCGCUUGCAGUCAGUAGAUCUAGCGAUCUAGUUGAGAGAGAAUGGUGUUUACCCCAUAUGAAGUAUUCAAUAGCUCUACUUGUGAAUUUGUAUUUAUUUUGAGUUAUACUUGACACAGAAUUCUUUUUUUAAAAAAAUGCUAUGUGUGUAUUUUGGGAAAAAAAUUCAUAGAUGUUAAAAAUUCCUGCACGGUUACCAGUUUUUCUUGGGACACUGAACUUAGUAGCCUCUCCCCCCCAAAUUCUUCAUAGUAACUUUUGUUUGUAUAUAUUUGAGGGUUUUUUUUUAGAGAAAAGAAAAAUAGGAUUGCUUGAUAUUGUUGAAAUUGAAAACAACAAGAAGAGGCAUUUUUUAAAAAUGCCAGUGCUUUUGAGAGGACAAUCCAUAUUGAGUGGAUUUCUAGAUGGAGUUUUGCAAGUCUGGCUGAUCUGUAAGAGAAUAAAUAGUGAGAACUUUUCCUUUUUCUUGUUAUUUUUUCCAUGCUUUGGUCUGUAAAAAGUAGGCAACUGAACUACAUUAAGAAGGAAAUAUUAUCUACAUAGAAUUAUUAUAUGAAGUUGGUACAUAAUUCUAACGAGGAAAAAAACUUUGUAAUCCAUUGAGCUAUGUUGUUUUUUUUUUUCUAUUUUGUUUUCCUUGGAUGAAAAUAUCAGUAUUAAGCAGCCAGUAUAUUAUUCAAGUGUUUAGACUUAUUAAUAUGCUCUUGUCCUGUAUUUAUACCUUUGUGUAUUUUGAAAAUAUUGCUUUGUUAAGGGGAGUUACCAAUGGACAACAUGGUAAAAAGGGAACAGAGAUCCUUUGCGCCUCUUGCUCUGAGGUUGGCAGAUGGUAUUGUAAUCUUUUCUCCUGCACCUUUCUGUCAUUAUCUUGUUAUUAUGGUUUUAUUAAUUUUUUUAAGGGAGAGCAGGAAAUGGGCAAGGGAAAAGGACACAUUGGAUGAAAGAGUCCUUUGGUCUGCUAGCCCAUUGGCCUUGCCAGCGAGACCCAACCAGGUACAAGAAAACAGGAGGCAGGCUUCCUCCUCGCCUGCCCGAGCCCUGACUCCCAGCCCCAUACUCUUUGAACUUGGAUCUGUUCACCUGAGCCCUUACACCUGCCUUUUAGCAUCUAAUGGACUUGAAUCUACUCUAAACAAAAGUCUAAUCCAACCUCACUACAUCGUAGCCAGUGCAACAACUAACAGUGAUGUAGGGGGUGUCGCAGCUUCUGGGAGGUGGCAAUGUGGAUCAUCGUUUGCUCUCAUGGCCAACUUCUCUGUACCAACCCCUGCACCCCCAAUAGGUGACCCUGUUCAUGUUUGUAUCUGUUCAUGUGUGUGCAUUCAGCUAAGAAGACAAACAGAACCCGUGAGCCCUGCCUGGAGGGUGCAUGGAGAAGGCUCCUGACUUCCCUGAAGGGCCGGCCUCGGGGUGGCAUUCCGUUGUGUGCCUUAUUCCUGAAGACUCUAUAUACGGCUUGCCUAUGAAAAUAUAGCCUUUCUGUGCUGUAUUAAAAGAACUUUGGAAAGAAGGAGGCUUGUGAGUUUGUUUA